AUGUUUUACAGCAGAGUACAGAGUUGUAUGUUAGCAGCUGCCUACCUUGCUUAUCUCCUGAUGGGCGCUUUCAUCUUCCAAGUUCUGGAAAAAGAUGCCAAGAGGCUACAGCAAGGCAUCACUUUUAGACUGGAGGACUUUCUGAAGAACGUCACUUCCCUCAGUGCAGUGGAGGUGAACAUCUUAGUGGAGAAUCUGAUGGAAGCUGUUAGGAGGGGCAUAUAUCCAGCAGAAAAUGAAUUCUCUGAUGAACACAACAAUUGGGAUUUCAGUAAUUCUUUCUUCUUUGUGGGUUCUAUGUUAUCCACAAUAGGCUACGGAAAACUCUCCCCCAAAACAGCUGGUGGUCAGCUUUUCUGUGUCUUUUUUGCUCUCUUUGGAAUUCCUCUGAAUAUUGUCUUUUUGCAGCAUAUUGGCAAGAUGCUCUCCAUGGUCUGCGAACGGCUAGCUAAAUGGCUGUAUAGGAAAGGUGUAAAAAAGAAAACCGCAAGGGGCUUGACGCUUCUGUUCUUCCUGCUUAUGGGAAUACUAGUGUUUCUUUGUGUGCCAUCGGCCAUCAUUCGAAAAAUAGAGGGCUGGUCCUAUAGUGAAGCAAUUUAUUUUACAUUUAUUACCCUCAGCACCAUUGGAUUUGGAGAUUAUAUGAUAGGGAGGCAACAUGACAAAUUCUACUUCCCUGGCUAUCGGAUUGUGGUAGCAAUUUGGAUUAUCUUCGGACUUGCUUGGAUAGCAUUACUGUUUAAUUUACUAACAACAUUACUGGAAGACCCAAAUGAGAAACCCAUUGAGGAUUAUCUUCAGGUCAAGACAGUCAGAAAGAAAAAGAAGAACUCAAAAAAGGACCCAUCUUCUUCACUGGAAGAUGGCCCAGCGUUACAUUCCAAUACCAAAGUCUCUGAGGAAGAUGAAUGUCUGAGUAUAAAUUCAAAGUCCAAGUCUGUUGCCAUUGCCAUUGUUGCAGCCAAAAGCAAUAAGCAAGAUUUCUAUAGUGUCUUUCAGCAUAUGCACACCAGAACGGUUCACAAAGUGUCAUUAUGCUCAGAUCUCAGGAGCAAAGAGAUGAAGCAAAAGGGAUUUGAAGUCAAUAUAGGAAUGUUUGACAAGGUUUUCUCUAGGAGGUAUGAUUUAUGUGGAAAGCAGGAGGUCAACAAAGAUCCAUCUGUAAACAGGGAUGAAGUAGAUGAUUUGGAAAGGAAAGGAGAUAGCAUUGAGAACAUGCACUCUAGAUCUCCGCUUUAUCGAUAA